CUUCAAUAAUCGGAAGCGGUUUUCUGGUGACGGUGUUUGGUUUCGGUUCAGUGUGGAGUCUCUGAUUGUUGUUUUGUCUUCGCUCGAAUUUUGAUUGAUUAAGGAUUGCGGUUUAGCGUUCUGGCUUUUUCUUGUGCUUCACUCUUUACUAAAUUUGUGUGCUUUGCUGAUAAACCCCUAUGCUAGGGUUCUGGUUGCUAUAUAUAUCUGAGCUUUGAGGAAUUGGGAGAUGAUUCUGGCUUCUAAUUUCAUUUGUGCUUACUGCGCUAUAGUGUUCAUGCAAAUGUCGAUUUUUCGUGUUUAAUUUUGGAUUAGUUGGAAUGUGGUUGUGGAAACAGUGCUGUUGAUAUGUCCAAUUUGAACUGAUGAUUUAUUAUUUUUAUUUAUCAUGUUUGUAGAGGUAAAUAGUAUCAGAUUGAUAGCAUGGGAGACUCGUCGAGGGACGAUUUUAGUGAUACACUAAGAAUACUUGUUGCUACUGAUUGCCAUCUGGGCUAUUUGGAGAAGGAUGAAGUGCGGCGGCAUGAUUCAUUUCAGGCAUUUGAUGAGAUAUGCUCAAUAGCGGAACAAAAGAAUGUGGAUUUUGUGCUCCUUGGUGGUGAUCUUUUCCAUGAGAAUAAACCCUCAAGAUCAACACUAGUUAAGGCCAUAGAAGUUUUAGUGAAGGCAAACCCAAAAAAUGCCAUAAACGAGCACAUGUUACCAGAAUUCCUGGAUUUCAUAGUGUGGGGACACGAACAUGAGUGCCUUGUUGAUCCACAGGAGGUUCUAGGGAAGGGGUUUCACAUUACGCAACCUGGUUCUUCAGUUGCAACAUCAUUGAUUGAUGGAGAAUCAAAGCCAAAACAUGUUCUUCUUUUGGAAAUUAAGGGGAAUCAAUAUCGACCAACCAAGAUUCCUUUAACAUCAGUGAGGCCUUUUGAGUACACUGAGGUCAUAUUAAAGGAUGAACCUGAGAUUGAUCCCAACGAUCAAAAUUCCAUUCUCGAGCGGUUAGACGAAGUGGUCAGAAGGCUAAUAGAUAAAUCUAGGAGCAAUGCUGGUAACAGAUCAGGGGUCAAACUUCCAUUAGUUCGAAUAAAGGUAGACUAUUCUGGUUUUAUGACGAUAAAUCCCCAAAAAUUUGGACAAAAGUAUGUCGGGAAGGUUGCCAACCCGCAAGACAUUCUUAUAUUUACAAAGGCAUCAAAAAGGGGUCGGAGUGAAGGUAAAUUUGAUGAUUCUGAACGGCUUCGCCCAGAAGAACUAAAUCAACAAAAUAUAGAGGCUCUAGUUGCUGAAAAUAAUCUGAAAAUGGAGAUCCUUCCUGUCAAUGAUUUGGAUAUUGCACUACAUGAUUUUGUUAAUAAAGAUGACAAAACGGCUUUCCAUUCCUGUGUGUUGUACAAUCUCGAAGAAACUCAAAACAAAAUUGCCAUGGAUUCUGAUCCUCUGAAAUUUGAAGAGGAAGAUUUGAUCCUUAAAGUUGGAGAGUGCUUGGAGGAUCGCCUGAAGGAUAGGUCUACACGCCCCAAGGAUAGUUCCAGAUUCACCCCCACAGCUUCAUCCUUGGAUGGUUUCAGAGGUAAAAGUGCGGCAGGACUUGGAAGUGCAGUUUCCUUCAGUGAUGACGAGGACACAACCCAUAUGACUGGCUCAAAGUCUACUGCAAGAGGACGCAGGGCAUCAGCCAAGCCAUCUUCUUCACAAGUUGAUAAGGGUAAAACUUCUACAAGAGGAAGAGGUAGGGGGAGAGGCAGGGGCUCCACUAAUUUGAAGCAGACUACUCUCGAUGCAACUCUUGGGAUUCACCAUUCUCAGAGAUCUGCAUCAGCUUCUGCGAGUGCUGCAGUUCGAAGUAUUGCUGCUGAUGAUGAUGAUGUUGAGGAUGUGGAUUCUCCGUCGAGUUACAAAGGCAUCAAUGAGGUCGUCAACAGUUCGGAAAAUGAGGAAAGUGUACAAGGCAGAGGACGUAAAAGGGCUGCUCCAAGGGGAAGAGGUAGAGGUUCUACACAAUCAAAGCGUGGAAAGAAAUCGGACAGUACGCCUGCUUACCGAAUGCUCAUGAACCAAGGUGAUGAUGAUGAUGACGACGAUGACGUGACAAAGAGAUUCAAUAAGCCUCCACCCAGGGUCACAAGAAAUUAUGGGGCAUUAAGAAGGGGUAAUUAGCAAUCGUUAAACCCCAGUACCUCACCUAUUCUAGGCAAGGCCACCCUGAUAUAUUGUCUUGCCUUGUGUACAACCAAUUUGAUGCACUAGGGGUUGAAGUUCGUCAGGGCUGGAACAAGAUGAGCCUUCAAUAGAAGCCUGCGCCGGAAGUCAAUUUUCCAACCGUUUGAAGAGUUGAUCCUGGUCAGUGCACAAAUUGGGGCAUUAUUAUACAUGAGAACGUCUUGGAUCAACACAAUGUGCAUGCGUUCGAUUGGUUUUGCCAAUUUUAUAUGAGAUUGCAGACCCGAUGUAUACAAUCUUAAAUAUCUGAUGUGGAAUCAGAACCCCAGCCAAAAAACUCAUUUGAAAUUCUAGUUUAUCUUAGGCGGAAUUUUAACCCACCAUUCCCCUAUAUGAAAGAUUGAUUAGGGUGCCCAGGUCACCAGACCCUUCUCAGCAUAUCCAAUGUAAUGACCCCUAAAAUUGUAUAGAAAUUAUCACACU